AUCGUAAGAAGAUAAAGAGUAUAAGGAGACAAAUUCACAGCUACCUGUGUCGCUUCGAAUCAGGACUGACCACAUUUGUUAGUAACGAUGCCACGCAUAUUCUACGUACCACCUGACGAUUUUGUACCAUUACCGGAAUGGAUGGAAGGUUCCAGACUUGGCAAGUCGAGGAAAGUUGGUGGUGGUGACGGAGAGUCUGUGAGACUGAUGAAGAAAAGAAGAGAGGAGAAGAUAAGAAGAAGCAGGAAGGAGAUGGAGAGAAUGAGAAGAUACGAGGAAAGCAGGAAGAGAAAGGAGAAAAUGGUGAAGGACGAUAGAAAAAGGAGCACCAUAGCCGGUGGUUCUGAGAAAACACAGAUGUCUUCACGAAAGGCGGUAGAGAAGGGACAGAAAUCAGCUAAGAAUGACAAUGUGAUCAGAGAUACAGGAAAGAGGUGGCAGCUGGGGGAUGGGUUCAGACUGGCUCUUCAUAAAGACGCAGAAGGCACUGGAAGAUCAAAGUGCGAGAGGAAGAAUCUAAGCAGGCGACACCGAGAUGCGAGGAAGGAGAGCGUGGCUGUUGAGGAGGAGCGAGUUAGAGGCAAAGAGAAGGUGAAAGAAUGGAUAGCCAAAGUCAACAUGGCAAAUCCCACGGUCACCAAUGUCCAGGACGUCAGAUCAGUGUCUCUAAUUAACCACGUGGACAGAAGUGUUGAUGUAUUCGACAUUUUGUCUCCAUGGCCUAUUUCACGAUAUUGCCUGGAAGAUCCUGACUUCAAGAUGAAAGGUAUGUUAAACACUUGGAUAGUUCCCGUUCCCAUUUUUCGAUUCUUUCCGGGUUUUUAA